UUAAUCAUUAUUUCGUGGUAAAAAUGUGUUAUCUCUAAAAAUCUAGGAUUAGGUAAAGAAUGUUGCCAAAAUCAAGGUUGCUCAUUUCAUGGAGUAUGUCACAAAACUGGUGAUUGUAAAUGUAGUGGACCCUUUGAUUGAGAUCCUUUAUCGUAGACUUCCAUGUGAAAACAAUGUCUGUUCGGGAACCGUUAACCCCGCUUUCAACCAACAAUAUGUCAACACCGACAUCAAAACGACCUAAUACUGCUUCCAAAUUUGUGUCUCCAUCAACUAGUAGACAUGCUCAUAUUCAGACACCUGUCGGGGUCUUUACUAAAGAACAUGAUGAUGCAGCUGAGAAAAGAGAUCGUCGUAGGUCAAGAGUUCUUGAGUUACAGAGGAAAGCUGGUACAGCUGGAGGUAGUCCAAUUUCUCCAGCUGACAGACGACGUUCAACACCUUUAAAUGGUUUAACAGCCAGUCAACUAUCUGAUCAUUAUGCCAGUUGUAUUAAACUCUCUACAGAAAAUAAAAUAAAUGCUAAGAAUGCCUUCGGCCUUCAUCUGAUUGAUUAUAUGUCAGACUUGUUACAGAAGAAAGGAUUGGAAAAUUUUCAGGUUGCCAGUACAACAUUAGAUGCUAGUGCCAAAAUUUAUGCUGGAAGAGUAGAUUUUAUUCAUUCUGAAACUUAUAAAGUAUUAACUGGUCUGGGGCGGUCAGAAAAAGACAAAAACAAAGAGGAUGAUGGAGAGGGAGAUGAGAACACUGGUGAAGCUGGAAGUAAUGCAGAGGAAGUCAACAAAAAGAAAAGAAAGGCCAGAAAAAGUCGGACAAUUGAGACCAAUUUAAAGAAUAUAAAUGUCAAUAAAUUUGAUUUAGAAUUUGAGGUAGAUCCUAUGUUUCAAAUAACAUCAGCAGCCUUUGAUGAAGGAGGAGUCAGUGGACUGUUAUUAAAUAAUUUACAAUGUUUUGAUGAUAGUCAAGAAUUAAUAUUAGAUUCCUCUACCCAGGUUUCUAUUAUAGAUGAUAGAAAUUUACAGCCUAGAGGCUGUCAACCUGUAGACACUGGAGAUAUAAAAGAAUUAUUUUCCAAGUUACAUAUGGAAGAAAAAAGAAUCUGUCCUGCAUUUGAAGAUUUUAGAUUUACAGAAUGGGAUGGCUCUGAUACUAGUUCCAUCAUACCCAAACCCUCAUCAGAACAUGUAUUUGAUGUGAAUGCUGAGGUAGAACCAAUCCCGGAACCAGAUGAAGAUAACUACAACAGAGAUGUAGAUGUUUUAUCUUUUACUGGGGGUGAUAGUGAUGAUGAACAUCAUGGGUUCGAUCCUGAAUCACAAGAAGAAACUAUGUCUCAUGUACUAGGUGAUAAUAAUACAGCUAAACUAGUAGAAUCAGCUUUCAGAGAUUUAACACAUGGGUCAGUGGGAAGUUUGAUGCAGAUUUUAGCCUCAGAACCUUCAGAUUACUCCUAUUUUGAUAAAGCUUUAUUAAAAUCUUGGGCUGGACCAUCACAUUGGAAACUUGGACCCUUAUCUAAAGAUCCCAAAAAUGUACCCAAGAAUCCUAAAGCCAAGAAAGUAGAUUAUACAAUAGAUUAUGAAGGUGAUGUAGAUUUAGAGAAACCAUUUAGAAAAUCUAAAGCUACUACAUUAACUAAAGCUACAUUAACUAAACAUACUAAAACUCAGACUACCCUACCUCAAGAUCAACAUUAUGAUGCUGAUAAAUUAUUCAAAUUAUUUAAUAAACCUAAAAUUAUGAUCAAGAGACAGACAGCUAGUGAUGUUGGUGUAGAUGAAGCAGUAGAGAAUUAUGAUUAUGAUAAUGCUAAUGAUAAAGAUAAUUACUGUCCUGCUGAUGCUGCUGAUGAUGAUGAUGAUGAUGACCAAGGGUUCAACUUUACGGCUGCCUGUGGUGAUGAUAGUCAGGAAAUGACUCAGAAUCCUUCAUUACAAGACACAUUAUUUGAUGGUACAGUUCUAGCAGGAGAUAAGUUAUUAGCCCAACCAUAUAAGGUAGCUAAAAUUGAUAUUGGCUAUGCUAAAACAGCUAAGAAAUUAGAUGUAAGAAGAUUAAAGGGCUCUAUGUGGAAAUUAUUAACCAAAAAAGAAGAAGAAGCCCCUGUGCAAGAAGAAGAGAGUGAAAAUAUAACUAUGAAUACAUCCUGGUCUUUCCAAUCAUUAUUAGAACAAUUACCAGAGAAAGUUUCCACAAACACUGCCAAGAAUCUCAGCGUUCCUAUUGCCUUUGUGUGUUUACUGCAUUUAGCUAAUGAAAAGACAUUGAAGAUAACAGGAGAAGAGUUAAAAGAUUUAGUUAUAUGUAAAGAUUGAUGAUGAUGAAAGGAAGAUUGUUGUUAUUGUUGUUUAUUGUAGAUCUCUUAUCAUUCAUCAUGUUUUUAUACUCAAAGUGCUCAAAACAUUACAAUCAAACACAUUACCCAGUACCCAUUGGAUAUCCACAAGUCCCAAAGCUAUUUGGACAGCUUUUAGACAGCCUUUAGUACCCAUUUACACACCAAGUGCAGUGAAAAGAUAAUACUUCAACUAUACUUUAAAGAGCAUUGAAAAUCAAGGUAUAUAAGAGAGGUUUGUUCUCAGUGAACAGUAUAUAGACUGUAUGUCAGUUGUACUAAAAUUAUACAUUAGGAACUUAGUCAGUAAUCAAAGGUUAUAAAAGAUGAUAUUUGCAUCAAUAUGCAAACUUUCUUUGUUGAAAUUUAAAUAUGAAAUUAUAAUUGUUUUGUAGUGUGUAUAUUGUAUAUGAAAUGGUUUUAUCUUUUAAUAUUACGCACUUAUAGAUGAAGACAAAGCAAUUUAUUCUACAAUUUAUGAUACAAAACAUUUCACAGUAGGUACAAUCCCAAUGUGUCAAAUGCUUGCUUGAUUU